AGGGAGGGGUAUGCGCUGAGAGUGUUGUUGUCUGUCACUGCUGGGGACACACGGAGCUGCCAAGGUCGGUGAAAGUACGGCUGAGACCAACAUUACAUCCUAAAAAGUACUCCCCAAUAAACAUACAGAGACAAAGAGAAAGCGGAUGAUAUAGACAGCAACCCGGGCUCCUCCACCAGAGAAGGUUUGCUGGAAUGGGUAACCUGCUAAAAGUCCUAACAAGGGAUAUAGAGAACUAUCCACGCUUUUUCCUGGACUUUGAAAAAACCAAAUGGGGAAUCUGUUAAAAGUGCUCACUUGCACAGAGCUUGAACAGGGGCCAAACUUUUUCCUUGACUUUGAAAAUGCUCAGCCGACAGAAGGAGAGCGGGACGUGUGGAACCAGGUGAACUCGGUCCUGCAGGACUCUGAGAACAUCCUGAUCAGCCUGCAGUCCUACAAAGGAGCCGGCCAGGAGAUCAGAGAUGCAAUUCAGAACCCCAACGACUUCUCGCUGCAGGAGCGGGCCUGGCACUCAGUGUGCCCGCUCGUCAUCAAACUCAAGAAGUUCUACAGUUUCUCCCUUAGACUAGAGGAGGCUCUGCAGAGUUUGUUGGAGAGCCUGACGUGUCCGCCCUUCACGCCCACUCAGCACCUGGAGAGGGAGCAGGCUCUUGCCAAACAGUUCGCUGAGAUCCUUCACUUCACGCUGCGCUUCGACGAGCUCAAGAUGAGGAUUCCUGCCAUCCAGAAUGACUUCAGCUACUACAGAAGAACCAUCAGUCGAAACCGGAUAAACAACAUGAAUUUGGACAUUGAGAGUGAAGUGAACAACGAGAUGGCCAACAGGAUGUCUCUGUUCUACGCUGAGGCCACGCCCAUGCUGAAGACGCUCAGCAACGCUACCACAAGCUUUGUGACGGAGAACAAGACCCUUCCACUGGAGAACACGACGGACUGUCUCAGCACCAUGGCCAGCGUCUGUAAAGUCAUGCUGGAGACACCGGAAUAUACGAGUCGUUUCAGCAGCGAGGACACGCUCCUGUUCUGCAUGAGGGUCAUGGUGGGAGUCAUCAUUCUGUACGACCACGUUCACCCCAACGGAGCCUUCAACAAGUCCUCCAAGAUAGACAUGAAAGGCUGCAUAAAGGUCCUGAAGGAUCAGCCGGCUGAUAACGUAGAAGGCCUCCUGAAUGCCCUCAAAUUCACCACAAAACACCUGAACGACGAGUCCACUCCGAAGAACAUCCGGACGAUGCUCCAGUAACGUUUUUUUUUUCUUUUUUAAAUCUAAACAGAUAUGAAGAGGAUCAAUGCUCUGACCUCAAAUAAGAUGUAUAUGUUUACAUUAUUUAAAAAGACUCGAUGUUAAUACUCGUGUGUAUUUGCAUAGUCAUUCCCUCCGAGCUAUGGAAACCUUCUUCUAACUUUGCAAAAAAACAAUAUGAAAGCGCCACAUGAAUUGCCUCCGCUGUCAGCAGCUAUCAAAGCACACCGACGGACACCCUUCAGCCUUAUGUAACCAUGCUUUGCAAGCGGCACUUGGAAAAAAAUGUUCUUCGACUAACGUUCUCAAUCUUUUAUUUGACAAUGGAAGAAGUUUAGUGUACAGCUUUUAGUCAAAUUUGAAGCGAAAUAAAUCUUUUCAUUGUGAAGGUUUUACAUUGUGACAGAGUUUGUGUGUUAAAACAAGUGGAAGUGUUUCUGUCUUCUCACUUGAUCUGAAGAAUGAGUCUCAAUGAAAUCAAUCAGUGUGUGUUGCAGUGAAGGGCUAAAUAUUGAAGCAGAUAAGGGAUUCAUUAGUUUGAUGUAAGUAUUGCUAAAAGCAUUUUCUCUUUCUAUGCUCAGCUGUUGAAUUUGUUUUUUCUCACACUCCAAUCUUGUGAAAUAAAUCCACUGUGAACAUGAAUCUUACUUUGCACAUCCAGUAAGAUCCGGUUGGCUCGAAGUUCUGUAAAGGCUGUGAUGAUGGAACAAAAUCAAAUCGACCCACCAUGUGUUUUUAUUUAACUGUUAAUGCGGCAAUCCUUCUGAAUGAUGGUCGAUGGUUUCGCCAUGUUUUAAGUGACUUACUGUGUGGCUUUUGUAUUAAACAGACAUUUCUAUCAAAGAAAGGCCAUCUUUAAUUCUGAAUACAUGAUAUGUGCUUCUUAACUGAACAAGUUUUAAAACAAUUGUUUACUUCCGUAACAUAGUGACAUCACAUUUAUAUUGGCUAGGGCUCCAUCACAUUUUACGUGGUAGGCUAAGGGGCGGGACACCUCUAAGCCAUUGACCAAUCACAACACAGCUAACCAAUCAGAGCAGAGGUUGACAUUCUCUUAAAAAUAGAAAGGUUUUAUUCCCCGAGUGGUUGAUUGAACAAUUCAUCUCAUCAUUAUUUAAAUUGAAACUUUAAUUUGACUUUAUUUACAUGUUGUUUCAUCUAUAAAUAGAACUAGAUCUAUUCGUAACCUGACAUUUUUUCUUUAAAAUAUGGUAUUUAUGUACAACAAAUGUCCUUCUAAAUUUGACUUCUAACGUAAUGACUUUUAACAUUUGCCCUUUUGUGAGUUUGAUUAUCCUCACUUGGAUAUUUCCUAACGUUCUCAAUAUCAGACAAUCUCAUCAUUCUCGACUACAUUGCUUUAGGUUUAAUAACGGUUCAUUGUUCAUGUAACUUCUGAAUGCGGAUAGAUGCGGAAGUGAGUAAAAAAGGAACUAAUACAAAUGUUUUGAGCAUAAAACCUCCACUUUUCCAUAAAAUGACUAAUCAGAUUUGACCAUGUAGCAUACUAUAAUAAUAUCUUUAUGACUAGCAUCAUGACCACUAUCAUUAUAACACAUUAAAAUACCUUUGGCUUUUCAUGGCACCGCCUUCAAAUAUUAAAACUCGCGGGAAAAUAUAUUAGGAUUCUAACCUGAAAAUAACUUUAUCCCCGACUCAAAUAACUUCAUUUCAUCAUAAGCCAUACAGUAUAUAUAGUGAUCCAUUAACAUUCAGUUCAUGAACAUAAAUUAACACGUCGGGUAUUUCCUUUCAUUCAGGCCUGUUGUUUAUUUUUGAUCCUCUUGUAUUUAGUAAUAUAUACGUAUGUGUGUGAGAGCCACACUUUGAAUGCUAUGUUUUUGAUGCAUAAGUGUACAAUAUUUGGAGCAGGUGUGCGUAUGAUACUGAUAUUCCAUAUCUGACUGAAUCAUCAUGAUGGAUGUGCACCGAGCCUCCCUCUGUGUGUUGAGCGCCAGGUGUUGAACACUGAGACGGAUUCCCUUUUCCCGUCAGUUAUUGUUUCAUAUGUUCUGAGUUCACACUCACUGUUUAUAUGAGUUGCUUUGGCUUUGUACUGCGUAUUGAAUGGGAUGUGUGGAUUGGAUAAUAAAGGUGGUACAUUUCUUAUAAAA